GAGAGAGAGAGAGAGAGAGAGAGAGAGAGAGAGAGAGAGAGAGAGAGAGAGAGAGAGAGCCUAGUCGACUUUCCGUUUCGGGAAAUUCCCGUGCCGCUGCUCGCCGCGGCGAGUGUCGCCCUUUGGAUCGGGCGAAUCAUCCUGACCCGCGCCCCGGAACCGCAGCCAAUCGGUCGCGGGAGGGGGGGCUCGUGGCGGCGCUGCGCGCGAGGAUGCGCCGCGCGGGCGGCUCGCUUCUGCUGGCCUGCUGCGCCCGCGCGCGCGCGCCCGCCGCGAGGUACGAGCGCAUGACUCCCCGCCGCUGAACUGAAUCGGUCCUGGGCUGGUUUUCGGCUUUUGCGCGACUGGGCCCGUGCGCCGUGACCUUAUUGCGCGGGCGCCGCGCGGUUUGCGCAGGGUAGGUUUGGUGCGAUGGAAGGGGCGGCGGCGGCGGAGGUGGGCGGCGGCGGCGAGGAUGUGCAGAUCAAGGGCGCCAAGGAGAGUGGGCAGCCCGCGGCGGCGGCGCAGCAGCCGCCGCCGCUGCCGUCCGGCAGCGAGGCGCUGGAGAUGCCGGCCACGCCGCUUCCGCGGGACAUGGACUGGUCCGAGCACUUCUCCUUCUUCACCUCGCCGGGCGGGUUCGCGGGCAGCUCGGACGGCGCGAGGGGCCUCGCCAGCGUCGGCCUGUCCAACUCCGAGUCCAGGCCGGACAGCGUGACGCAGCGCGGCGUGGACCACGGCGCGGAAGAGAGGGUGGAGGAGCUCACAUUGAAGAACUGCAUUAGCGCUGAUGCUGCCCAGCCCGAAGCCUCUGCUGGUGGGAGCACGAGCGGUGGGGAUAGGCCUGCUGUUAUUAAGGGCCUGUGGGGUAACUUCACACGGAUGGCCCGGAGAACCAGCUAUUUGGCCAGCAGGGAAAACGCCGCACUGAGCUAUGGCGACAUUGCAAGCUCGAGGGCUGGUGAUGCUUCUAGCAGGGAAAAUCUGGCGACGAGCCUUGCCAACAAUAUCAUCUCAAGGAACAACGAUGUGUCUGGCAAUGAGGCACCUACGAGUCGUGUCGGAUAUGUGAAUAAUGAGUUCAAGACGCCAUUUCACAGCCAGCAGAUUCUCUUGUCCCCUUGGUCUAAUCAGGACAACGCUCUUAAAGUAAGCAGCUUCUCGAAUAGGAUUCUUGAUCAGAUGAGAAGUAAGACUGUGGCACCCCCAUCUGGGGUUCUAGGGUCACCGCUUAAAAGCAAAUCAAAAGGUAAAGGGGUUGCAUACCAACGUGCACGGGAGGAGAUCCGAGUGCAAGCUAAUGCAAGACCCAGAGACCCUCUGGACAAGAUCCCGACAAUUCCUACCUCAAUUCAUGAUUCUGUGGCCAGAGUGGACAUGCUUUUCAGUACUAGUGGAGAUGUUUCAAAAUCCCACUCUGAGGGAACUAGCCUGAGGGAACUGAUUAAGCCUGGGCGGCAAACGAUGUCCAAGUUUGAGAAAUUGCAUUUGUUUAAGCAGAUCCUUGAUCUUGUGGAUAACUGUCAUGCACAGGGUUUUACUUUACAACAUUUGCGACCAUCAUAUUUUACGAUCCUAUCUUCAAAUCAAGUUAAAUAUAUCGGUUCUUAUACCACACAAGAUUUGCCAACAUCAAUCAAACAAGAGUUUGCUAGAGAAGAUCUUGUGAGUAGAAAAAGAGCUUUUGGCCAUAGAAUUGAUUACCAAGACUCUAAUGGCCAUGGAAAUUUGAUGCUGAAGCAUCAAAAGGUUGGUGAGCAAGGCUUAGUUGCUGUCAGGCGGCUGGCAAAUACAUUUUUGACUGACAAAAUACGCGACAAUCAAAUUGAAGAUAACGAUCCAGGUAUUUCAAGGCAAGAAAAUUUUAGUUACACUACCAGAGAACAUUUUAAGUUCGUCGAAUCAUAUGGCAGCAAUAUGUCCAGUGCUCAGCAUGUAUCUAGUUCUGGAACCCAACAACCAGCAUUUGAAUUGAGGAAUAUUGAGGAAAGCUGGUACAAAAGCCCAGAGGAGCUCAGUCAAUUUAAAGGCACACCCCCAUCAAACAUCUAUAGCCUUGGGGUUCUUCUAUUUGAGCUCUUUUGCUGUUCUGAGACAUGGGAGAUGCACUGUGCUGCAAUGUCAAAUCUUCGCCAACGCAUCCUUCCUCCAAAUUUUCUUUCAGAAAGUCCCAAGGAGGCUGGCUUCUGCCUUUGGUUACUGCAUCCAGAUCCUUGUUCAAGACCAAAAGCAAAAGAGAUUCUUGGAUGUGACUUGAUAAAUGAGGGUCGGGAUUUGUCCUUGUUAGAUAAGUCACCAGUUUCCAUCAGUGAAGAUGACACUGAAUCUAGUUUGCUACUUAACUUCCUUUCUCAAUUGAAAGAAGAAAAGGAGAUGCAGGCUGCCAAGUUAUCGGCAGAGCUUGGAAGCUUACAAACAGAUAUCACAGAGAUUGACAGAAGACACUCAGCAGGAAUGAGAUUGAGUUUAGAGGAUAUGGAUGUACUGCCAAGUUCUAGUUUGCCAGGAGCUUCUGUGAGUGCCCUACAGGGUGCAUUGCUGUCAGGUUUGCUACCGGCAUCGUGCAAGUCGAGCAUAUAUGAGGAGAGGGUAAUGAGGAAUUUGGUGCAGCUUGAAAAUGCUUACUACUCCAUGAGGUCCUCUGUGGACACCUGUGAAACUAAUGUAAUCAAACGUCCAGAUAACGAGGCUUUGAGGGUCCGUGAAAAUUUCCAUCAGCGUCACAGUGAUUCUGAUGCAAAGGGAGAGAAAACAGACCGUCUUGGAUGCUUUUUUGAUGGUUUAUGCAAAUAUGCCCGGCACAAUAGGUUUGAAGUACGAGGAAUUUUGAAGAAUGCAGAUGUACUUAGCUCUCCAAAUGUCAUCUGUUCAUUGAGUUUUGAUAGGGAUGAAGAAUAUUUUGCUGCUGCUGGAGUUUCAAAGAAAAUAAAAAUAUUUGAAUUUGAUGCACUCUUAAAUGAUCGUGUUGAUAUUCAUUACCCACUGGUAGAAAUGCCUAGCAAGUCCAAGCUGAGCUGUGUCUGUUGGAACAGCUAUAUAAAGAACUACCUGGCAUCAACAGACUAUGAUGGUACUGUUCAGCUAUGGGAUGCUGGCUCUGGUCAAGGAUUCACACAGUUUACAGAGCACCGCAAAAGGGCUUGGUCUGUGAGUUUUUCACAAGUCGACCCUACUAAGUUGGCAAGUGGCAGUGAUGAUUGUUGCGUGAAAGUAUGGAGUAUUAAUCAGAAAAACUCUAUUGAUACAAUCCGAAACGUGGCCAAUGUAUGCUGUGUACAAUUCUCUCCAUACUCCUCCCGCAUGCUAGCUUUUGGUUCAGCUGAUUACAAAAUAUACUGUUAUGAUCUGAGGAACACAAGGAUACCUUGGUGUACUAUUUCGGGACAUGGAAAGGCUGUCAGUUAUGUAAGGUUCUUGGAUCCAGAAACACUUAUCUCUGCAUCAACCGACAACACAUUGAAGAUAUGGGAUCUUAACCAGACUAAUUGCAGUGGAUUAUCUGCUGAUUCUUGCAGCCUGACUCUGAAUGGUCAUAGCAACGAGAAGAAUUUUGUAGGGCUAUCUGUUCAUGAUGGAUACAUAACUUGUGGCUCUGAAACCAAUGAAGUGUUUUCUUACUACAAAGAUUUCCCCAUGCCAAUAACUUCUCAUAGGUUUGGUUCCAUUGACCCGAUAACUGGACAAGUGACAAAUGAAGACAACCAGCAGUUUGUGUCGAGUGUUUGCUGGAGAGGGAAGUCAAACAUGGUAGUGGCUGCCAACUCCAGUGGCAGCAUCAAAGUGCUUGAGCUUGUGUGAAUGAUCCAACGAGAGUGUCAUAUUGGAGAGAAGAAGGUUCUAGGGUUGCCAUGCGGGCCUGUGAUGCUCUCGUGCCCUCGGUGAUGCUCCAAUGGCCCUGCUUAUCCGGUGUCUGCAUCCUCAAUGGAAGCACUAAGCGAACUGGGUACCUCUUCUAGGUCUGCAUUUCACUGUUUUGCCAGGGCACUAAAAGAUGCGACUGCUCUGUGCAAGCAACCUACAGCACCGAUCAUUGGUCAUUAUUGGAAGCUUUGCUUGAAACUCCCAAGCGAACCAAAGAAAAAUAAAAUAAAAUCAAGAGUAUGUUGUGUUUGGAAAUCUCUGGCAUUUUGGCACGGUACCUUAUUCAUCAUCGUAAGGAGGGCCCCAGGUCUGUACAGAAUUAGGGGGCCAUGGGGCUGAUGAAAUAGAACAUGUGAUGCAUGCAAACUUCUUUUGGGCUAGAGAGGCUGACGGACGCCGUGGCGCCUUACUGAAUCAGUUGGGAAUUUAACUCAGUUUUGAUGUGCGCCGGACUUGCCAUGACUGUUAAGAGCGAACGAUGGAGAGAAAGAAAUGAUCCUGUAGCUCGAAGAAGUUAAUCGUGCCGUGUGAAUGUUUCAAGGAGAAUGUGUGUAGUAAUUUUCUUUCUACCUCCCUUCAUUAUUGUACAUAUGUUUAGGGCUGCCUAAUGGAAGGCCUUGUAACUAGAGUAGAGAUGCUCAAAAGACUCGGUCAUGAGUUCAGUAUAAUGAAUGAUCUUCUCAAAAGAUUAAUUACUGGCAGAUUUAU